GUGACGAGUGUUGCGCUAAUUGUCCGUAAAUUGGGUUCACUUUUGUUUGUCAUUAGAUUAGCGCCCGUUGUGUUGCCCACUAAUUCCAAUGGGUAAACCGGGUAAGUCUACCGGUGCCACCAGGUCCAGGCUUACCGGAACCCCGAGUACCAGUGCCGCGAGUAAUGGCAACACGACUACCGGCUCCGACACCAGCCUUUCCCUUGGCUUCAAAAACGGCAAUUUAGUGCGGCUUUCGUUACGGGAUUUCAUGACCUACAAGAAGGUGGAGAUGAAGGCGGGACCCAAUCUGAACCUCGUGUUGGGCCCCAACGGCACCGGGAAGUCGGCACUCGUAUGCGCCGUAAUCAUCGGUCUGGGAGGCGAGCCCUCCACCACCGGCCGGUCCGGACACUUA